AUGAUACAAAAAAGUAUCGUCGAACAAAGUGCUCUUGAUCGAAUCACCGAGUCGGUAAAAAGAUCCCAAGUGAUUGAAUAUCCUGAUCAGCUUGGUAAACGAACGAAUGACACAAAUUCUGAAGAGUUUGAAGGACAGAAGGUCUCGGAUAGACUUAAUGUACUGCUGCAACUUUUACACACAAAAGACUGGCAGUUAUUUUGUAAGGAUAUUCCCGAUGAUCAACAAAAGCCACCGCUAGUCCCAACUUCACAACGUGAUUUGGAGAUCAAACGAGUUCAGUUGAAGUCACUGGCACGUUCGUUGAAGCAUGAUUUAAUUGACCUGGACCACCCUGACGUGUUAAAAAACUGGAAGGAUAUCCCGGCAAAUGAUAGGGAUUUUUACAUGUUACGCCUGGAAAAGCUUGCGAAUGACAAGGGAUUCAAAAAUCAACAAGAUCCCGAUAGUUCAGACUCUAUCGAAGAUAUGGGUCGCGAUGAGUCCCCCAUCAUAGCAGACGUGCCUUCUCCUCCACCAGAGGUAGCGAAUGAACCUUCACGUAAAAGAACCAGAAGAAGAUAA